UGGGUUUGUAGCAGUGUUGUUUAUUUACCUGGCUUCCCGAGCUUUUUGAGCAAGACAGCUCAAGAUGAAGCUGUCCUCUGAUUAGCUACCUGAUUAGAUACCUGAGCGGGCAACAUUGGCCCAUAAAUCUCGCCCCGCGCAGGGGUGGCCCGCUGUGUCACGUGAGGUGUGUAUUGCUUUUAAUAUUGGCAAUACAAAAAGAAUACAAUUUAAUUUCCCUGUCGUCUUCGAUCACCAAGUAACAAAAACAUAAAAAAACUGUCGGUAAAUGAAUGACCGUUCUCCCACCUCCCCUCUCCAAACUUUGGUUUGGGUGACAAAAGUUUCUCAGACAAUACAACAUGGGAAAAGAGGAGAACUUUGUUGUAGUUCGAUGAAAUUGUAUGAUCUUCCGUCAUCUAACGAUUGAUCGAGGAUGUUGAUUUGCGUUUCAGGGUGUUUUCUCUAUAAAGAAUUAAGGUAUUACUAGUCCGCUGAAAUGAAAUUUUCAGAAUUGACUGCAACAGGUACUCCGUAACUGGAUCAAAUAACAUUUCAUGAUCUUCCGCAGGGUUUGUAGCCGCCAAAAAUGCCACGCCUUCCAGUCGCCGGAGUUGGGUCCUGCCUAUCAUUAUUAUUUCAUCAGCAAUCGUCUUUGUGUCGAUUGCGAUAGCUGCGCACUUCUUUAUAAAGAAAAAGCGCACCUAUUUACGACAUCGAGCGGGAGACCUUGAAGAAGGAAUUAUGAAGAGCAAUAAUCUUUUCAUCAGUUACAGUUCAAAAGAUGGUGCGUGGGUCAAUGAAAAUCUUAUUCCCAUUCUCGAGAAACACUCAAUAUCGUACAGCAUUCACACAAGAGAUUUUGAGUUGGGAAAGCCCAUUGUCCAAAACAUGGCAGACAGCGUCUACAGCAGCCGCAAAGUUCUGAUUGUCUUGUCUGACAACUAUUUCGCCAGCAACUUCUGUCGAGAAGAGCUGCACAUGGCCGUCCAGCGGGAGAAAGACGCUGCAGACUCCUCACUGAUUCUGGUGGUGUUCAGUAAGUUAAAGAUACAGAGGUUGCCAAGGGCGUUGAAAAGCAAAAAGUGUUGGCUUGAUUUUGAGAAGCAUAAGCGACAUUGGGAGAAGAAAUUGUUGAGUGUUACACUAGAUGGAAAAGCUUCUGAAUUUGUGUGCCAAACUGAAUUUUAGUCUUAAUACUAGAUCUCAAGUAAGCAUAAGUGAGUGUCAGCAAGGCUCACAGCCAACCAUAUUAUUCAUUUCUUUUAAAGGCGACUCUCUAUUCUUCAUGGAUCAACGCCUCAUAAUUAAAAACACCAAUGGAAUCAUAGUUUCCUGUGGAUAAAGCUCGGGUAUCUUAUCAUACUAGUAAUAACCAAAGCUUAGUGAGUGCGCCGUUUGACAACGACCGAAGGUCCAAACGCUUCAGUUGCUCCUUAGUGUGCUUUGCGUAUGUUUCGCGUAAGGAACUUACAUGAAACACCGUGAAAAUAAUGUCUGUGAUAUACAUGUACGAUACUCGAUUAUUUAAAUAUCAUAUAAACCUUAGUGAACGUGAGUGGAAGUAAAAUCCAGAGGAAAAGCAAGCAAAACCUUUAACAUGUAUUAUUAUUCAUUCAAAAUAUUUCCCCGAUUCUGAUUGACUAAAAGCACAAGCAUAAUUCACCAUAAUCACCUAUUGAUGACCAAAUUCGGAAGAAUUUUGCGAUUAAUCAACCGAUGACGUCAAAAGUGCAGCUUCCUUGCCGGUUAAUGCACCGUUAACCAGAAGGGACCAGCGAGGUUGAGUUGUUUUAAUUGUGAAAACAAAAAUGGCGGACAUUUCACUCGUUUCAAGACUGAGUAAGAACUAGGCGAAAUAAUAGCUGAAAACAUGGCAAAUCAGCAAGAAGACAACUCGAAGGGCGACAUCUGCUAUUUGGAGAAUAUUUGCGGAGCUGAACAACCCUAAACAUGCAAUAUCGAAGAUGAUGAUGUUUUUAAAAUAGGAAUUAUUUUGAAUAAAUGAUAAAACAAUAUUAUUGAAUUCUGCUUUCGUAUCAUAUGAACUAUGGAGAUCUCGACGGAUAACACCCUCCUCGAUCUCCAUAAUUCUUCAUAAGAUACUCAGCCUCAUUCAUUAAUUGUUAAUUAAGGUACCUCAGUCAGUCCUAGCAGCACGUUCUUAACUGUGGUACAGACACGGAUGCUUUGUCAUGCAAUCGUAACUUAUACAACUAAUCUAUUUAAUGCAAGUGAUUUAAGAGCUC